GUAUUCCGGGAUGCUGAGGGCUGGGGUGUCUUCCACCAGCCCUCAGAAGGCGACAGCUCCCUCUGCUGGUAGCUACCGGGCGAAACUUCGUGGCUAUUUGCACGCGUUAAAGGCUCUACAGCCGUCGCUGCAGCGGAUGCCAGCUCUUAAACCUGUCUUGCCAAGAGAGGACUCUCAUCCUGACUUCUUUAUCCUCUCCUUUAGCGGUUUCUCCAAACUAAAGAUUGUACUAUCCUCAUCUCUGUCCUCCUCCGCGAUUUCUCCCUGUGGGCACUCGGUGUCAGCUUUGCGCUGUAUUCCGCGAAGGACCAAUUAGGAUGCUCAGAUACAACAGCAGAGAGUGCCGGAACUCGUCUCUAAUAACUUCCUUUUCCAGGAAGCCACAGCUUUAAGAAAUGUCGGUGGCUGGAAAAAAAUCUUACUAAAAUGCUUGCCUCGCCCACAGUUGUCCCAGGUGUGAUCCCCGACAUCGCAACCCCUGUCUGGAGUGAUCACUGAACUUAGAGCCAGAAGUAAGCCCCGAGCACAGCGCGGUGUGGGAAGAAAGAAAGAAAGAAAAAGAAAAUCGGCGGGAGGCUUUUUCCUCCGUUAUAUACGGAAUGGGUAUCUUUCCAAGAUGGCGUCCCGCAGACAGAAACACUGAAAGAGCGCAGCCAUGUUAGUGGGCGUGGCUAUGUUCUCCGCCCGACAGCGGCUGUAACAGAGACAGUACAAUGGCCUAAGAACGUAACGGCCAUGUUGAUAGUGGGCGGAAUGCGGCUUCCUACUCUGUAAAGAGCAUGCGCGACGCAGCACUCUUGCUGGAACGCCAAACGGUCGGCCGGAAGUGGAAAUAAUCCUCGAAAGCUUUCUCGCCGCAGCUGUUAAGAGCGUCUGGACAAUUUGAUCCCCAGAGGUCUCUGAGGUUUUUGGUGUCUCUGGAGAGGCCCUAGCCAGAUACUCCUCCAUACUCCUGUCAUCUUCUCACAAGCAAGUCCACUUGAGUUUACACAUAUCCAUGAAGCUCUAGUCUCCUGAGAGAAUAAAGCCUGAGACCUAGCAUGACUAUGCCAGCCAAUUGGACUUCUCUUCAGAGAUCCUGGGCCCCAGUUCCAGAGGAAAUUGGCAGUUUAUGUGAGGAAUCAGUAUCCUUCAGGGAUGUGACUGUAGAUUUCAGCAGAGAGGAGUGGCAGCAUCUAGACCUUGCUCAGAAAAACUUGUACCGGGAUGUGAUGCUGGAGACCUACAGCCACCUGCUCUCAGUAGGGUAUCAAGUUCCCAAGCCAGAGGUUUUCUUGUUGGAGCAAGGAAAAGAGCCCUGGACAGCGCAGGGUGAGAGCCCAGGUCAGGGCUGCCCAGAAGUAUGGCAGAUCAGUGACCAGAUAAGAAGUUACCAACAAAGAGAAAACAUAUCUUUAAGAAAUGUUGCUUUCUUCAAGAAAAUGUUGACUACCAAGAGGGAUUAUGAUAAGGACCUUAGAAAAAUAAUUCAUCUGAGUCCAGACUUUUCUUACUCAAAAAAACCCCACCAUUGUGAUUCAUUUGCUAAUGCUUUGAAGCAUAAUUUAGACUUGUACAGACAUAAUAGGAAUGUUGCAUCAAAGAAUAUGAAUAAGAUUACUGAAUACAGUAAAAUUCUUUCUCCCAAUGACCGUGAGCAUACUUCAACAGGAGAGAAUUUAUGGGACUUUAGUCAAUGUGGAAAAUUCUAUAGCUGUGAACAAGCACCCUCUCAACAUCACAAAAUUAAUACUAGGAGGAAAGCUUUUGAAUGUGUAGACUUUGGAAAGAUCUUUGCCCAGAAGUCACAAAUCAAAGUACAUCUGAAAGUUCAUACAGGAGAAAGACUAUAUGUCUGUAUUGACUGUGGGAAGGCUUUUGUGCAGAAGUCAGAGUUUGUUACACAUCAAAGAACCCACACUAGAGAGAAACCUUACAAGUGCAGUGAAUGUGGAAAAGCCUUUUUCCAAGUAUCUUCUCUCUUCAGGCAUCAGAGAAUUCAUACUGGAGAAAAACUGUAUGAAUGUAGUGAAUGUGGAAAAGGUUUCUCUUAUAACUCAGAUCUCAGUAUACAUCAGAAAAUUCAUACUGGAGAAAGACACCAUGAAUGCAGUGAUUGUGGCAAAGCAUUCACACAAAAGUCCACACUCAAGAUGCAUCAGAAAAUUCAUACAGGUGAAAGAUCCUAUAUUUGUAUUGAAUGUGGUCAGGCCUUCAUCCAGAAAACACACUUGAUUGCACACCGAAGAAUUCACACAGGAGAAAGACCAUAUGCAUGUAAUAACUGCGGGAAAUCCUUCAUCUCCAAGUCUCAACUCCAGGUCCAUCAACGAAUUCACACAAGAACAAAACCUUUUAUAAGUACUGAAUUUGGGAAGACCUUCAAUAAUAACUCCAACCUCAUUACUCAGAAAAAAACUCAAAUGAGAGAGAAAUCUUCCAUAUGUACUGAAUGUGGUAAGGCCUUUACCUAUAGGUCAGAGUUGGUUAUACAUCAAAGAAUUCACACUGGGGAAAAACCAUAUGGGUGUAGCGAUUGUGGAAAAGCCUUUACUCAGAAGUCAGCACUCACUGUGCAUCAGAGGAUCCAUACAGGAGAAAAAUCAUAUGUAUGUGUGAAAUGUGGGCUAGCCUUCAUCCAGAAGGCACACUUGAUUGCACAUCAGAUCAUUCAUACAGGAGAAAAACCUUAUAAAUGUGGACAUUGUGGGAAAUCUUUUACUUCCAAGUCACAACUCCAUGUUCAUAAACGAAUUCACACAGGAGAGAAACCUUACAUGUGUACCAAAUGUGGGAAGGCGUUCACUAACCGGUCAAAUCUUAUUACACAUCAGAAAACUCACACAGGAGAAAAAUCUUACAUAUGUGCUAAAUGUGGAAAGGCCUUCACUCAAAGGUCAGACUUGAUUACACAUCAAAGAAUUCAUACCGGAGAGAAACCUUAUGAAUGUAAUACCUGUGGGAAAGCCUUCACACAAAAGUCACACCUCAACAUACACCAGAAAAUUCACACCGGAGAAAGACAGUAUGAAUGCCAUGAAUGUGGAAAAGCCUUCAACCAGAAAUCAAUACUCAUUGUGCAUCAGAAAAUUCAUACAGGAGAGAAACCCUAUGUGUGCGCUGAGUGUGGACGGGCCUUUAUCCGGAAGUCAAACUUCAUUACUCAUCAGAGGAUUCAUACCGGAGAGAAACCUUAUGAAUGUGGUGAUUGUGGGAAAUCCUUCACCUCGAAAUCUCAGCUGUUGGUGCACCAACCAAUUCACACAGGAGAAAAACCUUAUGUGUGUGCUGUGUGUGGUAAAGCCUUUAGUGGUAGGUCAAACCUCAGUAAGCACCAGAAAACACAUACUGGAGAGAAACCCUACAUCUGUUCUGAAUGUGGAAAGAGCUUCAGGCAGAAGUCAGAGUUAAUCAUACAUCAUAGAAUUCACACCGGCGAGAAACCUUAUGAAUGCAGCGAUUGUGGCAAAUCUUUCACUAAGAAAUCACAACUUCAAGUACAUCAAAGAAUUCACACAGGAGAGAAGCCGUAUGUGUGUUGUGAGUGCGGGAAGGCCUUCACUGAUAGGUCAAAUUUGAAUAAACACCAGACAACGCACACUGGAGACAAACCCUACAAAUGUGUAGUGUGUGGGAAAGGCUUUGUUCAGAAAUCAGUGCUGAAUGUUCAUCAGAGUAUUCACACUUGAGAGAGAUGAGAAAGCACGAACAGGAGUCAUAGUACAUUUUCUAAUCCAUGAAGAAAAAUAAUGGCAUAUUGUCAUAUAAGAAAUCCCCAACAGAUUGUCACAUAUUAGAGAUGAGGACCUCUAAGAAGGUCCUGAUUGAUAGGGGCCCUCACAUAUUGUCACCAGUCUGAUUUAAGCUAUGGGGCAUAUUUACUGAGAAAGAACAUUGAAAUUUUGAUGUAUUAGAAGCCUCUUAGUGGGAAAGAGUGAUGUAACAAUGAAUCUUGCAGAGAUGAGAUUUUGUUCAAUGGUCUUGUCAGUGAUAAUCCCUGUUUUCUGUGGAAUAGCUAUUGUGCCAACAAAUUGAGUGGUAGUAUUAUAUAUACCUUAGAAACAGAUCCUCAAUUCUGUCAGAUGUUUGUUGCAGAACACAUUGUUUUAAUAGAGUUUGGAAUAUUUUUUUUAAUUCUUGUAUUGAAUCUAUGAUCUGUCAUGUCUGUCUGCAUUACCCUGUUAUUUCUAUGAAGAGAGAAACCACAAUUUUGAAAGUGUAUUGUAGACAUACAAACUUAAGUGUACGUGGACACCCAAUUACUCUCUAGCAUCAAGACUUGUAACACCCCUAUUAGGCACCAGUAGAAUCAAACUCUCAUGAGUCCUUUGCAUAUUGCUCCUUUAGAUCAGUGACUGCACCAGUCAUUGCUAUAGAACUGUCCCUUAGUACCAAAUAUCCUAUCAGCUGACUUCCAUUAUCUCUCAGUGGUACUUAUUGGUCCUCUUUUAGAACCCUGAAGAGUCUUAUAACCUAAGUCUUCAAAAAAACUAAGGUAAAAUAUUUCAGGUCUCCUGGUUAGCUCUUCAUCCCAGUCUGUCUUUUGCUAACAUAGUUUAGUUCAUUUGCCCUAAUAACCUGACCUUCACAGUAACACCAGCUACCUAUUUAUUUAAAAAAAUAUUUGCCAUCCAGUGAUGCUCGUGGGUUAUUUCGGCUCUGUACUUAGGAACUAAUCCUGGCAGUGCUCUGGGGACCAUAUGGGAUGCUGGGGAGUGAACCUGGCACAGCUGUGUGCAAGGCAAACACCUACUAUACUAUUGCUCUGGCCCCAACAAAAUCUUUUAAACAAAACCCAAAUUUCAGUCUAUAUCCAUUAUCUGCUAUGUACAUCUUCAUGAUUUUACAUUGAUCCCACAAGGAUCUUCACUCCCAUGAUGCAACACAUAAACACAUAAACUCAGGCCCUCAGGGACUUCAUAUUCACAGUGGCCGCUUCAAAGAGAAGUUUCUCACAUCUGUAGAUAAUUUCUGUUUUCCAAUGGCACUUCUUAGCAGAGGCUUUUCUUUCCUAGUUUAAAGCCACACACACACCUAUAUUCUCCCAGCACUUCAACGUAGUGCCCUGUACAAACUAUCUUUGGAUUCAGCAGUAGCAUAUUUGCCCUUUAUAUUCACUGCUGUGAGCCUAGACUCGUCUGACCUAGACAUUCCAUAAAAAAUGAGUCUGCAUUCCAUAGAGACACAUUGUGGAGAGUUGGUUCUUCUUAUUCCACAAAAUUGAGGCUAAUUUUUUAAAUAUUCUUUCGUUUUUGAGCCACACCCAGUGAUGCUCAGGGGUUACUUGUGACUCUGCACUCGGAAAUUACUCCUAGUGUUACUCAGGAAACCAUAUAGGAUGCUGGGAAUCUAACCUGGGUUAGCUGUGUGCAGGGCAAGCAUCCUACCCACUGUACUAUUGUUCUGGCACCAGUAGUUUAAAUAUUUUGCUGCUCUGUUUAAAGAAGGCAAAACUGAGAUAGAACACCAUGUAGAAUCUUGGUGUUUUAGCAUUCCUGGGGUGAUCCCAGAAUACUCAGCUCCAAAGUGACUGCAUAAGGGGGCCAGAGAUAGUACAGUGGGCAGGGUCCUUGCCUUGUACAGGGCUGACCCAGGUUCGAUUCCCAGCACCCCAUAUGGGCUCCCAACCCUUGUCAGGAGUGAUCCAUGAGUACAGAGCCAGGUGUGGCCCCAAAACAACAAAAGUGACUCCAAAAUAUCCUGAUCACUCUGCCCAAUAUUCAGCCCUGCUCCCCCCAGUUAGGAGCCCACCUCAGUACCUAACUUCUAAACCUUACAGUACUUUGAUAUAUUUCCAAGUUAAGAGUAUGGAGGGAUGGAUGGGGCUAGAGCGAUAGCACAGUGGAUAGGGCGUUUGCCUUGCACUGGCCAACCCAGGUUCGAUUCCCAGCAUCCCAUAUGGUUCCCUGAGCACCGCCAGGAGUAAUUUCUGAGUGUAGAGCCAGGAAUAACCCCUGUGCAUCACCAGGUGUGACCCAAAAAUCAAAAAAGAAAAGAGUACGGAGGGAUGGAAAGUAGACCACUUGGACUUGUCUACAGGUUGGAUAUCUCAGAAAGUGACGUGUCUGACCCUAAUGAACAGCAACAUCUUCAGAUAUGGGCAGGAGGGUCUGACUUCUCAGCCUUCAGGCCGCAAAUGUAACAAGAAUGACUCUUCCAUGUUGGUUCACUGAGAAUUCAGGGUGAGGAUAUAAUUGUGCAGAGAUGCUCUUUUAACUGCAAGGUGGGGGAGGCAAACGGGGGCAUUGCUGGUGGAGGGGGCAGGACUGCAGAUACCCCUUUAACUCGACUCCAAUUGAGGAGUAUUUACCCACUUUUCUUCACCUCGGAUCAAUAUCUGAUCUAUCAUUUGCUCAUUUAUUUCCAAUCAUCACAGUAACUCCUUCCCAGCCCUAAGUCCUUCCCCAUCUUACAGUCUCUGAUGACUUGUCCUCCUUUACUCCUUCCUGCAUCAUAUCUGGGCCCUAAUGCAACAGCUUCUGACCCACCAUUGUCCUUCCAUUUUAGGACAUUGCACACACAUCAGGAGAGCGUCUAAAUAUCCUCUCAUUACGCCCCUUUUUGGUGUGGCGGAAGAGGGGCACACCGGCGAUGCUCCUGGCACUGCAUUCACUCACUGCUAUGGGUCUCUGGAACACACAUGGUGCUUACGAUCAAACCCUGUUGAGCACAUGCAAGGCAAAUGCCCUACCUGCUGUACUCCAACAUGAUGUCUGCAUACUCUUCAUUACCUCCCCCUUUCACCUUACUGUAGUACUGUUUAUCAUCUGUCUUUAACUCUAGGAAAUAGUGUUGUGAUCCAUUAACUCUCCCACAGUUUCUUCCAGCCUAAUGUCUGUUUUCAUUACUCUCAUAAGAUCUGGUAACCGGGGCUGGAACAAUAGCACAGUGGAUAGGGCGUUUGCCUUGCACACAGCCGACCCAGGUUCUAUUCCCAGCAUCCCAUUUGGUCCUCUGAGCACCGCCAGGGGUGAUUCUUGAGUGCAGAGCCAGGAGUAACCCCUGUGCAUCGCCAUGUGUGACCCAAAAAGAAAAAAAAAACAUUUGGUAACCUUCAUACUCCCCUUAUUUCACUUUCAUUAAAGUGGUGAGAAUUCAGUACAAUUUUUAGAUUAAUAAAUAAAUUGACAACUUCCUUUUUUUUCUAGUCCACCCAUUCAUCUUACAUCCUGAUGCCUUCGUGAUGCCCCUGGCAAGAUCGGCCAUGGGGCCUCCAUUAUUGUCCAUCAUGACAGACAACAAGUAUCUCCAACCUAGCAGUGUCUGUGACCAUCCCCAACAGAGCCCCUGGUGAUGUCCCCAGUACUCUGUCUAAAUGUUGGUGUGCUUUUAAUCUACCAGAAGGACAGUGACUGACAAUGUACCAUAAACUGCACAUUACCUAUCUACAUCUGGGAGUUCACUUCUCACCUCCCUGUAGGGCCUCCCCCACCUCACUCCCCAACUAAGAACCAGUAAUUACCCAAUCACAGUAUCUGACCCCUGCAUUAAAUUCUGAUUGUAUGGUGGGGGAGGAGCUUUCCUUGCACGUGACCAGCCUACACCACCUAUGGUCCCUCAAACACCUCCAGGAGUGACUCCUGAGCACAGAGCAGGAAUAAGCUCUGAGCACCGCCGAGUAUGGCCAAAAGCCCAAGAAAAUAUCCUGAUAGUAUCUGCUGGUUCUCUCAUGACUCCCACUAACAAAACCUCCUCUGAUUUCUGCAAUGCCUACGUCACUUCACAACACACAUUGGUUGAUACAUGCUUUUUUGAAUACAAUAUUUGGUUUGGGGGUUACACCUGACAGUUCUAAGGGCUACUCCCAUUUGCUUAGGGUGACUCCUGGUUGUGCUCAGGGGCGAGAUGAUGCAAUGGAGCAACUCAGGUCUCCCACACAUGCAAAGCAUGUGCAGUAUCCUUUUGAGCUAUCUCAGACCCAAUGCAAGCUUUUGAGCAAACUCGGCAUGACUGUGCUUGAACAACACAAAAGGAAGUAUUGUAAAUUAUUUCUAUUAUAUGUUUAUUAUAACUGUGCUCAUGGCUUUUGUUUUUGGUUUGUUUUAGGUUUUGGGUCAUACCAAGCAGUACUCAAAUAUCCUCCCCUCUUUAUUAUCUCUCCAGCCCCACUGAUAUAUUUUUAAAAGAGUUAAUGGACAGAGAGAUGGUAUGGCAGGUAAGGUUUGUGUGUUCAGUUCCCAGCUCUUUAAUUGGGUCCCCCAGGGCACACUAGGGGUCUGAACAAUAGUUCUGUGUUAUGUAUGAGCAGAAAUAAAACCUGAGCAACACUGGGUGUGACCUCCAAACAAAACGAAAUCAGAGUUAAUGUUGUAUAAUUUACAUACAGCAAUAUUGACCCUUUUUAAUGUAUGGUACUGUUUUCACAAAUGUAUACAAUCACGUAAUUGGCAUCAGAAUCAAGACAAAUCCCAUCUUUUUAUUUACUCCCUUCCCCAAUUUCCACCACCUUGCAAUUGCUGAUCUGAUCUGUGUCCUGUGUGUAGUUUUGCUAUUUCCACAAUAAAUUUGUACGUAUAUAUGUAUUGCCUUUUCUGUAUGACUUCUUUCAUUUCAUGCUAUAUAGUUAAUGAUAAUCUGGUAUGAAAUACAAAUAAAACUAUGAAAAGAGGGGGCCAGAGAAAUAGUAUAGUGGGGACGGUGCUUGCCUUGCACAUGGCUGACCCAGAUUCGGUCUUGAUACCCUGAGCUAUGCCAGUAGUCAUUGCUAAAUGCAGAGCCAGGAGUAAGCCCUGAUCAUCACUGGGGGUGGCUGCUGCUCCAAGGAAAAGAUGAAAAGCUGCCUAAUGUCAUUAAUAAUCUGGAAAAUGUAAAAUAAAGACAUAAUGUGGGGGCUAGAAAAAUGCCUGUACUAGGAAUUAAAGUGUUUUCCUUGCCUCACAUCAACUCUGGUUCAAAUAUCUGGCACCACAUAUCGUGCCCUGAGCACUCUUGAGCAAAGAGCCAGAAACAGCCCCUGAGAAAAUAUAUGCUCCCAAACCAUCCUUCCCCUGAAGAACCAUAAUGAGAUACCACCACACAUUUUAGUGACAAAAAAAAAACCCACCAAACAUUGUUUAAGCUUAGUACCAAAAGUGGGCAAGGUUAUUGAAAUUCAUGCAUUGCUUGUAGAAAUGUGUAGUGGUUUGCCUACUCUGAACUGGAGACAAGUUCUUUUAUUUUUUCUUUUUGGGGUCACACCCAGCGAUGCUCGGGGGUUGCUCCUGACUCUGCACUCAGGAAUCACUCCUGGAGGUACUUGGGGGACCAUAUAGGAUGCCAGGGAUUGAACCUGGGUCAGACACAUGCAAGGCAAAUGCCCUUCUUGCUGUACGAUUGCCUCGGCCCUGGAGAUAAGUUCUAAUACUCUGUCACCCAUAAUUCAAUCUUAAGUAUUUGAAAUGAAAUGAAAUGAAAAAUACGCUGAAUGUUCAUAGACAACAUCCAAAAUUGUCAAAAUAUUGGUAGCAACUCAAAUGCCUAUCAAUGUGUGAAUAAGCUAUACAUGAGAUAUUACUCAGCUAUAAGUGGGUUAUGGAACAAGAAAACAUGGUUUACCCAAACUACAACAUGGAUGUCUUAAUAUGAAUUUAUCAUUUGAUUAGUCAAAUAAUAUUUGUAAAGAGUAAUUUUUUUUGCUUUUUGGGUCACACCCGGCAAUACACAGGGGUUACUCCUGGUUCUACACUCAGGAAUUACUCCUGGUGGUGCU